AGCGGGCCCGAGCAGGGCCGCACCGGGCCGCACCGGGCCCCGCGCCCGCCCCGCGCCGCUCCCGCCGCCGCCGCACAGCCAGUAAUUUUCCAAGCCCGGCCGGCGCUGCCCGGCUGAGCCCGCAGGAUCGGCGGGGCCAUGGGAGACAAAGGCACCCGGGUGUUUAAGAAAGCCAGUCCCAACGGGAAGCUCACUGUCUACCUGGGGAAGAGGGAUUUUGUGGAUCACAUCGACGUGGUGGACCCCGUGGAUGGAGUGGUGCUCGUGGAUCCCGAAUACCUGAAGGAGAGAAAAGUGUUCGUGACGCUGACCUGCGCGUUCCGCUAUGGCCGCGAGGACCUGGACGUGCUGGGGCUGACCUUCCGCAAGGACCUGUUCGUGGCCAACUCCCAGGCCUUCCCGCCCGUGCCCGAGGAGAAGAAGCCCCUGACGCGGCUGCAGGAGCGGCUCAUCAAGAAGCUGGGCGAGCACGCCUACCCCUUCACCUUCGAGAUCCCCCCCAACCUGCCUUGCUCCGUCACUCUGCAGCCGGGCCCGGAGGACACGGGGAAGGCCUGUGGGGUGGACUACGAGGUCAAAGCGUUCUGUGCUGAGAACCUGGAAGAGAAGAUCCACAAGAGGAACUCGGUGCGCCUGGUGAUCCGGAAGGUCCAGUAUGCGCCGGAGCGGCCCGGCCCCCAGCCCAUGGCAGAGACCACCCGGCAGUUCCUCAUGUCAGACAAACCGCUGCACCUCGAGGCCUCCCUGGAUAAGGAGAUCUACUACCACGGAGAGCCCAUCAGCGUCAACGUCCACGUCACCAACAACACCAACAAGACCGUGAAGAAGAUCAAGAUCUCAGUGCGCCAGUACGCCGACAUCUGCCUCUUCAACACUGCCCAGUACAAGUGCCCGGUGGCUGUGGAGGAUGCUGACGAUAUGGUGGCCCCGAGCUCGACCUUCUGCAAAGUCUACACCCUGACCCCCUUCCUCGCCAACAACCGGGAGAAGCGGGGGCUGGCGCUGGAUGGGAAGCUCAAGCACGAGGACACCAACCUGGCCUCCAGCACGCUGUUAAGAGAUGGAGCCAACAAGGAGAUCCUGGGCAUCAUCGUCUCCUACAAGGUGAAGGUGAAGCUGGUGGUGUCACGAGGAGGCCUGCUGGGAGACCUCGCCUCCAGCGACGUGGCGGUGGAGCUGCCCUUCACGCUGAUGCAUCCCAAACCCCGGGAGGAGCCGGCACACCGGGACAUUCCAGAGAACGAAGCACCCAUAGAUACAAAUCUGAUAGAGCUCGAUACAAAUGACGACGACAUCGUGUUCGAGGACUUCGCCCGCCAGCGACUCAAAGGCAUGAAGGACGACAAGGAGGACGAGGAGGAGCGGACAAACUCCCCGCAGCUCAACGACAGAUAAGCGAGCUCCCCCCCGCUCGCCGCCCCGCCGCAGGGACACCCCUACAUUAGGCUGCUUCUCUUUUCUAUAAUUAAUUAAUUAAUUUUGUUUUCUACCUGUACCGGGAGCCCGAUGGCCACAGGACCUAUAACCGUCCAGCUGUGCCGUGUUGUCACUCUUCAUCCAGCUGCCAGAGCUGCUGUUUCCCGUGCAGGGCACGGCUGGGGGGUGCUGGAGGCAGGGGGGCUCGCUCUGACCCCGUCCCCGUCCAGCCCCCUGCCACUUCCCAUCCCAGAGCCCUUUCCUAUGAGCUGCCUCUUUUAUGUGUUUUAUAUAAGCCCAGUCUCAACACCAGUUUGCUAUGGGGAGGGGGGGUUGCAGCAGAACAGGGGGGGUGUCUUUUUUGGGCAGCCUUCUCAUGGGAAAGGGCACCUGUGCACCUCGGUGUCCCCUCCUCUCCCCCACGGCCAGUCCCCCCUGUCCGGCCCUGCUGCAUGUGAUCCCUCCCUGGGAUGCACGAGCCUGGCUUUGACUAUGGCCCCUGCCCCAGCUGCUCCAAACCAAGCGGGUGGGCAGCACCCCCUGCUCUUCCCCCAAGCCCCCGAAGCGGCCGAGCCCAGGGGUCCUCCCGGCUGCACCCCUUUCCACAGCGGAGCUGCCAGGGCUGGGUCUCCAAUGCCUCUUCACAGCCACGGCAGGGUCGUGGUGAAACAGCCUUGUCCCCAGCAGGGUGACACCAGGGAUGCUUUGCUCCUCCUGAGCUGCAAAGCCCCCCGGGUUGAUGUUUUCCUCUCCCUGCAUGGGGUCCAGCACCCAUUUGGGGUAGGGGAGAAGGGGAGCAGGGUGUUUGCCACCCUAAUCAGUAUUUCAACAGAUUCUUGUGCCUCACAGGUUGGUGGUGUCUGGACCUCCCCCCAAAGGGUCUCAGGUCUCCCACCACCCUCUGAGAGGCCAUUCCCAGUAUUUAUUGUGCUGUUGCAAUCAGCGCUGUCAUCUGAGAGCAUUCUGGGGGAUAGCUCCAUCCCCCCCUCCCAGUCUGUGGGGUGCUGAGCUGAGCCCCCACCCCCCACCCGUUAUUUUUGGGUAAAGCUGAGGGGCAGCGUGGUACUUCUUUUUGUAAAGUGGUUCCUUUGUACUGAUCAUUGAUACUGGCUGCUUUGGUUUCUUCACCCUGUCUGUGAUGUUUCUGUGUUCUGUCGAAUAAAUUAUUCUAGUUUAUUAAA